UAAAGACAGAGAAGGAGGGGGGGGACAGAGACUGCUGCUACUGAGAAGGUCUAUAAAGAAUAACCAUGAAAGUGAUUUUUCUACUCCUGACAAUUGGGCUCCUAGCAGGGGCCCAGGCUCGCUCUCUUUUCAAAGAUGAACCCAAAGCAAAAUGGGAAUCUGCCCUGGACAGCUUCUGGCAGACCCUCAACAAGAUGGAAGAGGCCGCAGAUGAAGCUACAUCAAAGAUGAAAGACUCUCAACUUGGUAAAGAACUUGAUGGACUUAUCAAAGAAACCAUGGAAGAGCUUAGCAAUUAUGCUGAAGAUCUAAAGAGCAAGGUUGGCCCCAUGGCUCAAGAUGCUAACCAACGUUUCACUGAUGAGAUAUCUGCUCUGGCUGACAAGCUCAAGAAUGACAUGGAGGACACCAAGACAAGAGCCAUUCAGUACUCUGGAGACCUGAAAUCCAUGUUUGAUCAGAACAUCGAAGAUGUCCAAGGAAAGGUCAGUAUGUACAUGAAAAAGCUGAAGAAGCGCCUUGCAAAAGACAGUGAAGACCUCAAGAGUAAACUCAACCAGUAUGGAGAUGACCUGAACAAGAACACCCAGGAGAAAGUAGAAUACCUCCGUAAAAACGUUGAGCCCAUUGUCAGCAACCUAAAGAAGAAAGGACAACAGCGCCUUCAGUCUCUGAAAGAUGCCAUGGAUGAGCAAGGAAAGCAGCUAAGAGAUCGAUUUGCCUCCGUGGCCAAGGAUGUCCAAGGCAAAGUUAAAAAGAUGGCCUCAGAUGUGAAGAGCAGCGUGGACAAGCUGUCAGACCAGAUGCGCAAAUGGUUCAACCCCUCUGUAGAAAAUCUCCGGAACCAGCUUCAGGGCCUGGCCAAAAGCUUGCCACCCAAGAAAGCGUAAAACCUUGACCCUUAUCUCUGCCUUUACUGCCAUGCUCCUAACAUUUAAUUUGUAAUACAUAUGCCAUUUGCUGCUAAUCUUAGACCAAAAGCUUGCCACAGGUUGUAGAUUUAAAGUCAGUUACACAUAACCCCACUUUUUUACUGCCUCUGGACAAGCCAAAAAGUUAGGAAAAUUUAGUGAAGUCCAGCCAAUUCCAGGCGUAAUCAUUAUAUAUAUUUGUGGUAGUGCAUCUGAAGCCCUGAAAUUCUUAAUAGCUACAGUCCUAGAAAAGACAGGGAUUCCGAGCCAAACACUGGUUAACAAUACCUCUUAACCAACGCAAGGCCAAACAUAACAAUACUAUCUGCCAACGUAAUGGUGCCUGCUGAAACAUCUGCAGUUCGACCAGGGUGCUCCAGGAAAAAGACAAGCACUCAGACUUUCUAAAAACAUCUGGUAACUCCGAAAUCAUCUCGAGGACCUUGUUCAGUGUGCUUGGGGCUAUCUGACCCGUAUGCUGUAUGUCUUUAGACAAAUAUAUAAGAAUCUGACUUUAGCAUAUCCAGAAAGUAUUUUUAUUUCUUUUUUUUUUUUCUUUGGAGAUGAAUGCUAGUUUUCGGAUAAAAAAUAAAGGGAGAUUGCACCUUCAAAUAACUUGAAUGUACAUGCCAUGCCCUCUUGCAUAUUUUUACUAAAUAAAUAUCCUUUCGUUUUUUCUUGCAAUUUUGCCAUAUACAACAAUAAAAGCACAGAAAGAACCAUGAGAUAAAAAGCAAUGCCUAAUAAAAGCUACCAAACACAUUGUAUAAGCCUUAUCUGAUGUAUGAUCCCUUAAAAUGUUUGGUACUGCAACAAGCCAAAAUCAAAAGGUCUUGUAGGACCUCAAUUUUCUACUAAAUAGUAUUUUAUGUAAAAUUGUAUGUCUUUAAUACUCAUUUCUAUAUAAAUAGUUGUAUGUGUUUUUGUAAUACUUGUGUGCAAUCACAAUGUUUGUGUACAGAAAACCAAUCAUACACAGUUUAUUUUGUCAGUUGUACAAUGCAUUUUAUGUCAACCAUUUACAAAUAAAGGGAACAGCUGAAUUAUU